AUGCGACAAAAUUUCCCUCUUUAUUUCCAAGUACAUCUCUUUCGAUAUCAAUCAUUCAACUUAUCUAACUUGCUCUUGCUGACACUGUUAUCGACUUCACUCUGCUCUACUUUCGUUGAUCGUUUUGUGUUCAUAUCUUUCCAAUCGAUUCAUAUCUAUCUAUCUAUCUAUCUAUCUAUCUAUCUAUCUAUCUAUCUAUCUAUCUAUCCAGCAUUUACCAAUAAAUUCAUAUAUAUGCUUAUGUCUUUCGAAUCCAUUCAUUUCAUAUCAGUCUAUCCGAAAAAGUAUAUCUAUCUAUCUAUCUAUCUAUCUAUCUAUCUAUCUAUCUAUCUAUCUAUCUAUCUUAGUCUCCAGAUAUCUAUCUAUCUAUCUAUAUCCGAUUUAUCAUAUCUAUCUGUCUAUCUAUCUUUGAUCAUUAUCUAUAUAUCUCUCUAUGCCCCAUACUUUCGGCCUUGUGCCACAUCUAACCUACGCUUGGAAAAUAACUAUAUAUCUCUCUGUUCAUAUCUAUCUAUCCAUCUAUCUAUCUAUGUUCAUAACUUUCUAAUCCAUUCCUAUCUAUCUAUCUAUGUUCAUAACUUUCUAAUCCAUUUCUAUCUAUCUAUCUAUCGAUCUAUCUAUGUUCAUAACAUUCUAAUCCAUUUCUAUCUAUCUAUCUAUCUAUCUAUCUAUCUAUCUCAGAUUGAUCAUAUCUAUCGAUUGAUCAUAUCUAUCUGUUUAUCUAUAUUUGAUCAUAAUCUAUAUAUCUCUCUGUUCCUAUCUAUCUAUCUAUCUGUCUAUGGACUAAAUUUUCAAUGUCUUUCUUGGACUUUUCUUUAUUUCCUCAAAUUCUUUCUUUCUUUCUUUCUUUCAUACACGCUUCGUUCAUUUGCCUCACUUCUUCUUUGUUCUUUCUUGCAUUCGUUUCUUUCUUUCGUUCUUUCUUUCUCUUUCUUUCUAUCUUUCUUUCCCUUUCUUUCUUUCUUUCUUUCUUUCUUUCUUUCUUUCUUUCUUACCCACUUCAUUCAUUUGCCUCACUUCUUCUUUGUUCUUUCUUGCAUUCGCUUCUUUCUUUCGUUCUUUCUUUCUAUUUCUUUCUAUCUUUCUUUCUCUUUCUUUCUUUCUUUCUUUCUUUCUUUCUUUCUUUCUUUCUUUCUUUCUUACCCACUUCAUUCAUUUGCCUCACUUCUUCUUUGUUCUUUCUUGCAUUCGUUUCUUUCUUUCGUUCUUUCUUUCUCUUUCUUUCUAUCUUUCUUUCCCUUUCUUUCUUUCUUUCUUUCUUUCUUUCUUUCUUUCUUUCUUUCUUUCUUUCUUUCUUUCUUUCUUACCCACUUCAUUCAUUUGCCUCACUUCUUCUUUGUUCUUUCUUGCAUUCGUUUCGUUCUUUCUUUCUCUUUCUUUCUAUCUUUCUUUCCUUUUUUUUUUUCUUUCUUUCUUUCUUUCUUUCUUUCUUUCUUUCUUACCCUUCAUUCAUUUUUUGCCUCACUUCUUCUUUUGUCUUUUCUUGCAUUCGUUUCGUUCUUUCGUUCUUUCUUUCUCUUUCUUUCUAUCUUUCUUUCCCUUUUUUUCUUUCUUUCUUUCUUUCUUUCUUUCUUACCCACUUCAUUCAUUUGCCUCACUUCUUCUUUGUUCUUUCUUGCAUUCGUUUUUUUUUCGUUCUUUCUUUCUUUUUCUUUCUCUUUCUUUCCUUUUUUUUUCUUUCUUUCUUUCUUUCUUUCUUUCUUUCUUUCUUUCUUACCCACUUCAUUCAUUUGCCUCACUUCUUCUUUGUUCUUUCUUGCAUUCGUUUCUUUCUUUCGUUCUUUCUUUCUCUUUCUUUCUAUCUUUCUUUCCUUUCUUUCUUUCUUUCUUUCUUUCUUUCUUUCUUUCUUACCCACUUCAUUCAUUUGCCUCACUUCUUCUUUGUUCUUUCUUGCAUUCGCUUCUUUCUUUCGUUCUUUCUUUCUCUUUCUUUCUAUCUUUCUUUCUCUUUCUUUCUAUCUUUAUUUCCCUUUCUUUCUUUCUUUCUUUCUCUUUCUUUCUUUCUUUCUUUCUUACCCACUUCAUUCAUUUGCCUCUCUUCUUCUUUGUUCUUUCUUGCAUUCGUUUCGUUCUUUCUUUCUUUCUUUCUUUAUUCAUUUAUUUCACUCAUUAUUUCUUUUUAAUAUUUAUUCCAUUUUCUGUUUGUUUAUUUGUUUGUUUGUUUGUUUCUUUCUUUCUUUCUUUCUCUCUCUAUUUCUUUCUUUCUUUCUUUCUUUCUUUCUCUCUCUUUUUCUUUCUUUCUUUCUUUCUUUCUUUCUUUCUUUCUUUCUUUCAUACCCACUUCAUUCAUUUGCCUCAUUUCUUCUUUGUUCUUUCUUGAGUUCGUUUCUUUCUUUCCUUCCUUUUCUUUCUUUCUUUCUUUCUUUCUUUCUUUCUUUCUUUCUUUCUUUCUUUCUUUCUUUCUUUCUUCCAUACCGACAUCGUUCAAAUCGCCUCACUUGUUCUUUGUUCUUUUUUGCAUUCACUUCUUUCUUGCAUUCGCUUCUUUUCUUCUUUCUUUCUUUCUUUCUUUCUUUCUUUCUUUCUUUCUUUUUUUCUUUCUUUCUUUCUUACUCGCUUCGUCCAUUUGCCUCAUUACUUCAUUGCUCUUUCUUGUGUUCGUUUCUUUCUUUUUUCUUUCUCUUUUCUCUUCUUUCUUUCUUUCUUUCUUUCUUCUUGUACGUCAACUCUCUUCCAGCCUUCUGUCCAAUACAUCUGACGUUUUCAUCCCCUUUCCACUUUUUUCUUUCGAUUCUCCUUCAUUUUUCACUUCCAUGGAUCUUAAUAAAUACACUACAUUUUAUUUCUUCACUUCCCGCCUUUUUCCCCCCUUUCUUUGUCGCCAUUCAUGACGAAUUCUGCAAUUCCAUUGUUUUGUCUUUUCUUCUCCUUUCCGUUAUUCCAACGAAUUUGGCCAAGUCUUCAUUAUUUCUCCCAAAAUGCAAAACAAACCCCAGCCUACUUCGUCUAUUUCUUCUUCUGCCUCUUCUUUUUCUUCGUCUCCUUUACCCUCUCUCUGAUUCUUCUUCUUUAGAUUCUUCUUCUUCUUCUUCUUCUUCUUCUUCUUCUACUACUACUACUACUACUACUUCGUUUCCUUCUUCUUCUGCCUCUUCUUCUCCUGCUACUUCUUCUUCUUCUACUCCUCCUUCUACUACUACUACUACUACAACUACUACUACUACUUCGUUUCCUUCUUUUUCUGCCUCUUCUUCUCCUGCUGCCUCUUCUUCUACUCCUACUACUACUACUACAACAAUUACUACUACUUCGUUUCCUUCUUCUUCUGCCUCUUUUUCUCCUGCUUCUUCUUCUUCUUCUUCUCCUCCUACUACUACUGCUAGAACUACUACUUCGUUUCCUUCUUCUUCUGCCUUUUCUUCUCCUGCUGCCUCUUCUUCUUCUACUCCUCCUACUACUACUCCUCCUCCUCCUACUACUACUACUUCGUUUCCUUCUUUUUCUGCCUCUUCUUCUCCUGCUGCCUCUUCUUCUACUCCUACUACUACUACUACAACAACUACUACUACUUCGUUUCCUUCUUCUUCUGCCUCUUCUUCUCCUGCUUCUUCUUCUUCAUCUUCUUCUACUCCUCCUCUUCCUACUACUACUACUACUACUACUAGAACUACUACUUCCUUUCCUUCUUCUUCUGCCUCUUCUUCUCCUGCUUCUUCUUCUUCUUCUAUUACUACUACUACAACUACUACUUCCUUUCCUUCUUCUGCUGUUGCUUCUUCUGCUGCUGCUUCUUCUCUUUCUUCUUCUUCUUUUCUCGCCAUCGUCUCCUCUUCCUCACUUUCUAUUCGUACCCGUGGACUUUCACUUCCUCUUGUUACACGUCUUUUCCAACCCCCCCCGCUUUUUCUCCUCUUUUCUCCAUCUCUCUUCAUCCCAAAAAUGUCUUUCUAA